AUGGACCACGCGCACAUGGAUCACUCAAAGAUGGACCACUCCGCCAUGGACCACGGCGAUAUGGGAGGCCACGGAAUGGGAGGCGGCAUGGGCGACCGGUGCAGCAUGAACAUGCUCUUCACCUGGGACACCAAGAACCUCUGCAUCGUCUUCCGCCAAUGGCACGUCCGCUCCACCAGCGGCCUCGUCAUCUCGCUCCUCCUCGUCGUCGCACUCGCCGCAGGCUACGAAGCCCUCCGCGCCGCAUCCCGCCGUUACGAGAACUCUGUGAACAAGCGCGUUGACUCUCUCCCGAGACGCGAACAGGCAGAGGCCAGCAGGAGCGCACACCUCGUCAAGGCCGCCCUCUACGCCGCCCAGAACUUUUACGCCUUUAUGCUCAUGCUCGUUUUCAUGACAUACAACGGCUGGGUCAUGGUCGCCGUCGCUAUCGGCGCCUUCGUGGGAUACGCCGCAUUCGGAAGCUCAACCUCCUCGACCAAGGACAAUGCGUGCCAUUAA